CUGCUGCGUCUUCUUCCUUCCCUGCAAAUCUUGAAUUUCUAGAGAGAGAGAGAGAGAGAGAUGAAGAGUGAUAGGGCACGUUUGAACUGUGGCACAACAAUCCCAGUCCUGGGAUUUGGCACUUACGCUGACCCAUUGGACUUGAAGGCUGCAGAAUCGGCCGUCCAUAUGGCUGUCGAGGUAGGUUACAGGCACUUCGAUACAGCGAAAGUCUAUGGAUCGGAGCCAGCGGUUGGAAGGGCGCUGACGGUGGCCAUUGACGAGGGCGCUGUGGAGAGAGAGGACAUCUUCCUAACGUCGAAGCUGUGGGGCUGUGACCACCAUGAUCCUGUUCCCGCUCUCAAAAGAACUCUCCAGGACCUCGGGAUGGAGUACUUGGACAUGUACCUGGUGCACUGGCCACUGAAGCUGAAGCCGGGGGCAAACAAGGCUGUGCCCGAGGAAGACGAGUUCGAGCCGGAGCUGGACAUGGAAGCGACAUGGCGUGGGAUGGAGAGGUGCUUCGACUCGGGCUUGUGCCGUGGGAUUGGCGUUAGCAAUUUCUCCUCCAAGAAGAUUGAGAGGCUUUUGGAUUUUGCUUCUGUCCCUCCUGCCAUCAAUCAGGUGGAGAUGCACCCGAUGUGGAGGCAGGGGAAGCUGAGAGAAGUGUGCGGAGAGAACAAGAUCCAUGUGAGCGCUUAUUCACCCCUGGGAGCUCCUGGCAAUGCCUGGGGAUCCACAGCUGUUGUGGACAGUCCCAUCAUUCAAUCCAUUGCUCUCAAGCACAAUGCCACCCCUGCUCAGGUUGCUCUCCAAUGGGGAGUAUCGAAAGGAGCGAGCGUGAUUGCAAAGAGCUUCCGCAAAGACAGGAUGGAAGAGAACACGGGUGCCCUUGAUCUCGGAUUGGAUGACCGAGACCUCCUCAACAUCGACAGGCUCGAGGAGAGGAAGUUCGUCAGAGCUGAUGUUUAUGUUAAUCAAACGACAAGCCCCUACAAGACGCUUGAAGAGCUCUGGGACGAUGAGAUUUGAAUUUGAGACCCCCACAGAAGUUUGCUCGUGUUUUUCUAUUGUGUGCAUACGUAUGGUUGUUGCCCUGUAAGUCAUUGAAAAGGGCAUCAUCAUCAUAUGUAGUGAAGUGACGAUUCUUGAUGGAUCAAUGUGGAAAAUAAGCAACAGAAACGUGUUUACGCAAC